AUGGAUAGAAAGAUAGUUGUGUCUUACAUGGCUGUGCUUCUUUUGAAUGUAUUAACAUCAGUAAGCAGAGGGGAGCACCUAAGACUUAACCCGGCUUUGUCCUACCUGGUGAAAGCGGAAGGAGAUAAGCUACAGUUGGAAUGUAUCCACGAAUACAAUGUCACGGCGCAAGGGAGUGCAUACUUCGCUAAAAAUGGGAAAAUUGUAACAUUAGACAACGAGGAUGAUUACAUUAUAACAUCCAAGACCACAAUAAUAAAUACAGGGCUAGGGACAAAAGUAAUAAAGACACUCAUUAAAGACAGCACGACUUUAACUGACAAUGGAACAUUUGUCUGCAAGGCUGGAAACUUUGAAAUCUCAAUCAACGUCAUUGUAUUUCAAGUUACUCAAGCAAAUGCUCUUUACCAAGACAACGCAACUGAGGUAGAGCUAGGAUGUGGUUUGGAAGGGCUUAGUCCUGAAAUUUCUAUCGAUUUUUACUGGUACAGGCAGAAUGGUGCUAGGCUCCACGGCGAUCGGUACAACAUAUCAAACAAUGGGAAACUACGUAUCGAAAAGCCAACUCUUUCGGACAUCGGAUCGUACAAUUGUUCAGCCAAGUUCUAUCCUCAGACUGAAAUUGAGCAAACAAUGUUCCUCACGUCGGUCUAUCUCAAUGCUGCACCAAGAAUACUCAACAUUGAAUGCACCAGUCAAUUUCCACUGACACUUAAAUGUAACGUUGCCGGUUUUCCACACCCAAACGUCACCUGGGAACAGGAUGGGAACCAACUAAAUAGCACUGUCGAUUCGUUGUACGUUUUUAUGGGAGAAAGUGUUAUUGUUCACAAUAAGAACUAUUCUGGUACAUAUACAUGCCUUGCAAAGAACGAACAUCAGCCAUACAACGCAUCAGCUGACAUACAUAUAAACGACUGCCAUUUUACUUGUACAGCUGCAAGUGGAAAAGAUAUCAAACCUAUUCAAGUAUCUGCGGUGGUGAUAGCUGUUCCGAUAGCAUGUGUGUUAGUUGUGAUAUUGUCUGUGACCAUCGCUUGUUUCAUCAAGCAUCGAAAAAAAGAACGGGAAGCUUUUAAUGGAACUAAUAACAAUUGUGUCAGUGGUAGAAGAGUCGUAAAUAUUCAAGAUCUCGCAUCCGACGAAAUAAUGUCUUUAAAUUGUCAACUCGAUUUAUAAUAGAGGCCAAUGUGCAAGGAUAUAUUUUGCUAUUACCAUUUCGUUUAAAUUUAACUAUUGUUCAUAAUUAAACUUCGUGUUGCAUUUAAUAGUCCUACAUUGUUAUUUAAAUGUUCUACAAGCGUUAUUAGAUGUUUGAUGAAGAAUGAAGACUUUAAGUUAUGUUUAAAUUGUUUAUUAAAAAUAGCAACAUAACAUCAUUCCUUUAUUACAUAGACAAAGAUGGAUGUGCUUUGAUUAAGACGAUAAUCCAAAUUUGAAAUCAUGGGUUUAUAAGUGAAACACUCACUUCAAUUCUUAUGAUUUAUUCAUCGGUGGUUGUAUCAAGAUAGUUGAAAUGUUUAAUUAUUUUUUUUAUGUUUCUAGUUAAACAGCGAUUACGGAUUUUUUUAUACAAAACUUUUAACGGAUUUUUAUUUCAUCUAACAAAGCAAAUCUUUAGAUUUUAUUUGCAGGCUUUAAAUUUCACUCUUAUUUGAAAUAUGUUUGUUAAGAGAAUCUGCACAUAGAUAAGAUGUAGAAGCCGGUAGAAGGCACAAGCCAGUUGCAAUACCGCAUUGUUAUAGAGCACUGUGUUUCAUGUUAUUUACAAGAAGAUGAAUUUCAUUUUACUUUUAAUUGUCAAUUGCAUGGCGAUUUGAGAAAACCAUUUUUGAAGAAGUAAUAUUGUACAAGCCAAAUAUAUUUCAAUUUAUUGCAUUACUGUAAUCAGAAAAUAUGGAUGCUAUUAGAACUCUUGUUGUGUUUGUGUAUAAAGCAUUAGAUUAAGGGAAAUAUUAAUCAAGUAUUACAUUAAAA